UUGGAUCUGAAUAUCAUUCUGUCCUAGAGAAUAAGGAAUGCAGCCUAACGAUGAUAUCCUCUGCAUGUUACAUAUGCUUCAGAUUAUACUUGGAGUCUUUGGGAAUAGUUUACUCCUUUUCUUGUAUGGCUUUAAUUUUAUCACUGGUAAAAGGAUAAGACCAAUAGGUACGAUUUUUGUUAAUUUGUUCCUUUCCCAUAUUCUAAUGAUUCUUUUCAGGGGAGUUCCCACAGCAAUUCAAGUGUGUAUCCAGAAAAUUUUCCUGAGAGACAUUGAAUGCAAAAUCAUUGUUUAUCUGCAGAGAGUAGCCCGAGGAGUUUCACUUUGCAAUACCUGCCUUCUGAGUGUCUUCCAGGCCAUCACCAUCAGUUCCAAGAGCCCCAAAUGGGCCAAGCUCAAAGCCAAUGCCCCAGAAUACAUUGUUCCAUCGUGUGUCUUCAUGUGGGUACUCAAUUUGUUGGUAGAUGUAGUUGUGCCUCUCCAUGUGACUGGCCCUGGGAACAACACAUUCAGUCAUGUUAACAACAACCUUGGAUACUGUUCAAUAGACUGGCAUGCCAUAACGACCUCCAAUCUUGUUAUGUGGAAGACACUUUAUGAUGCGGUAUUUCUGGGAUUCAUGGCCAUUUCCAGUGGCUACAUGGUGCUUGUUUUGUUCAGACACAAAGGGCAAGUCCAACACCUUCAUAACAAUAACGUCAACAUUUCCACCCCAGAAACCAGAGCCACUAAAGUAAUCUUGUUGCUCAUGAUUUCCUUUGUAUGCUUUUAUUCAGUUGGUUCCAUCUUUGUUAUUAUAAUGGAAAAAUCUAAAGAUAAAAGCCAGUGGACUAUACAUAUGUCUGCAUUUUUUACUUCAUUUUACUCAACAGUAAGUCCUUUUGUUUUAAUCAGUAGUGAUUCACAGAUCCUCAGUUGUUGUAAUACUUUCAAGAAUAAAAAUUCUCAUCCUCAUUCAUUAAAAUCUCAGAACAAAUACAUUGAAACUAUAUGGAAUAGGACCAAUCAAAUUCCAGCCAAGUCUAAAAGAUCUCUUUAUGCACCCAGUGUUUCUGAUCUUGAAGAAACCAGAGUUACUAAAGUCAUCCUUUUCCUCAUGGUUAUCUUUGUAUGCUUUUAUUCAUUUAGUUCUAUCUUCCUAAUUCUAAUGGAAAAUUUUAAAGAUACAAGUGACAAGGCAAGACUAAAGGGGAAAGUGUCCUGCCCCAGGAGAGCCUCUUGUGGGACUGUGAGCAUUGCAGUUGACCAAACUGCUGAUUCUGGAACUGGCAGUUCUGCCCCCCGUCUCUGCCCGACACUGGCCCUGGGAAAGCUUUUGGCCCGCCAGGCCCCCCCCUGCACAAGAUUGGAGGCUAACCUGGCCCCUCCGCCGUGCAGGAUCAACUCCCCAAGGAAAAGUUUCUGCAGGUUGGGGCUGACUUGUGGACAACUGAGCUUUCACUUUCGUUUGGCCUCCUCGGGCCUAAUUUCUCUCCCAGUCUGCUCGUCUCCCCGGCCCCGGAACCAACCUUUUUGGUGGACUGCGGAUUUUUUUCGGCUGGUCACUUUGGAUCCGGAUAUCAUUCUGUCCUAG